AUGGCUAGCGUCGUCGGUAUCGAUCUCGGGAACUUGAACUCCAAAAUCGGUGUCGCCCGUCACCGUGGUAUUGACAUUAUCGUCAAUGAGGUGUCAAACCGAGCCACCCCCUCGCUCGUAUCCUUCACCCCUCGCCAACGAUUCAUUGGUGAAUCCGCCAAGACCGCCGAAACCUCCAACUUCAAAAACACCGUCGGGUCGUUGAAGCGAUUGAUUGGGCGGACACUGCAGGACCCCGAGGUUGAGGAGUAUGAGAAGAAGUUUAUCAAUGCUCAGCUCGUGGACGUGAACGGGACAAUUGGUGUCAAGGUCAACUACCUUGGCGAGCCCAACACCUUCACCUUUACACAGCUCGUCGCUUCCUACCUCGGCCGCCUGAGAGACAUUGCCGCUGCAGAGCUCAAGCAGGCCGUCUCGGACGUCGUCAUCGCCGUCCCCGGAUGGUACACCGACAUUCAGCGCCGCGCCCUCAUUGACGCCGCCAACAUUGCCGGCCUCAACCCCCUUCGUCUCAUCAACGACACCACCGCCGUCGCCCUCGGCUACGGUAUCACCAAGGCGGAUCUCCCCGAGUCGGCGGACGCUCAACGUCACGUCUGCUUUAUCGACGUCGGUCACUCCAACUACUCGGUCUCGGUCGUCGGCUUCUCCAAGGGCCAGCUGAAUGUCAAGUCGACCGCUUACGACCGCCACUUUGGUGGUCGUGACUUUGACUAUGCGCUGGUCCAGCACUUUGCCAAGGAGUUUGACAAAAAGUACAAGAUCGACGUCAUGAACUCGCCCAAGGCCGUCUUCCGGUUGACGACUGGGUGCGAGCGGAUGAAGAAGGUCCUGUCGGCGAACGGGGAGGCGCCCAUCAAUGUCGAGAGUUUGAUGAACGAUGUGGACGCGGUGGGGUCAUUGAAGAGGGAGGAGUUUGAGCAGUUGACCGAGUUCCUGCUCGCUCGCGUCCAGGACCCCAUCAAGGAGGCGCUGGCCAAGGCGGGGUUGACGGUGGACCAGAUCGAUGCGGUCGAGCUUGUCGGCGGAUCUACCCGUAUUCCCGCCAUCAAGGAGCGGAUCCAGUCGUUCUUCAACGGCAAGACCCUCGGCUUUACCCUCAACCAGGACGAGGCUAUUGCGCGCGGUGCCACCUUUGCCUGCGCCUCGCUUUCGCCCGUUUUCCGCGUGCGCGAGUUUGCCGUUCACGACAUUGCCACCUACCCCAUCAAGGUCACUUGGGAGAAGGAGGCCGGCAAUCCGGACGAGGACACGGAGCUCACCGUCUUCCCUACCGGCAAUCCCAUCCCAUCCACCAAGAUCCUCACCUUCUACCGCCAGGGUCCGUUCGAGCUCGAGGCAAGCUACGCCGAGCCCGAGAACCUCCCCAAGGGCACCAACCCCUGGAUUGGCAAAUUCACCGUCAAAAACGUCGAAAAGCCGGCAUCAGGCGAGCUCGCGGUUGUCAAGGUCAAGACGCGGUUGAACCUGCACGGUGUCCUCAACUUUGAAGGCGCGUACAUGGUCGAGGAGGUCGAGAAGGAGGAGACGGUGACGACCGGGGAGGGCGAGGACAAGAAGGAGGAGAAGAAGCUGGUCAAGAAGAUUCAGCGCAAGGGGGAUUGCCCGGUCGUUGCGCAGUACGCCGCGGUCGACAAGAAGCUGGUGGAUGACAUGACGGAGAAGGAGGGCAAGAUGGCCGCGGAUGACAAGCUGGUUAUGGAGACCGAGGACCGCAAAAACGCGCUUGAAGAGUACGUCUACGACAACCGGUCCAAGCUUGACGGCCGGUACGCCAUCUACGUCCAGGAGAAGGAGAAGAGCGAUCUCCUUGCUGGUCUGCAAGAGGCCGAGGACUGGCUCUACUCGGAGGAGGGCGAGGACGCGACCAAGUCGCAAUACGUUGAGCGUCUCGACAAGCUCAAGGUCAUGGGCGACCCGAUCCAGCUUCGGUGGAAGGAGAGUGAGGACCGGCCCAAGGCUGCGUCUGAGCUUCGUGAGGUCCUCAACACAUACCUCACUGCCGCGCAGUCUGGGGAUGAAAAGUACAGCCAUCUCCCGGAAGAGGACAUCAACAAAGUGAUUGAAAAGUGUGCCACCACUCAGCAAUGGCUCGACGAUGGUCUCUACCGCCAAGGCGAGAAGGCCAAGAACGUCAAGCCCGUCAUCAUCUCUUCCGAAAUCCUCAAGCGCAAGGAGGACGUCCAGUACACCUGCGCCGCCAUCAUCAACCGCCCCAAGCCCCGGGCCAAGACGACCGAGGCGCCCAAGGAGGAGAAGAAGGAGGCUCCCAAGCAGGAGGAGGAGAUGGAUGUUGAGGCGGAGGAUGGAGGACCCAAGAUUGAGGAGAUGGACGUUGAUUAA